AUGGCGACCCUCGCCUCCACUCCCCUGCUCUAUACGGCGAAUUCAUUCAGCGAUUGGUCGAAGCGGGUGGUGGACUGCUUCUUUGUGAAGAAGGGUGGCGGGAGGCAGCGCCUGGUGCAUGACGAGGAAUCUUUCGGUCAGCCCGUCUUUAUCGGCCAGGUCGACAUAAAAGACGCUUUCUAUCACAUGGAGCUUCCGGCAGGGCUCCGGCAGUUCUUCGGGCUGCGAAAAGUUCGGGCCUCGUGGGUGGGCAUCUCUCAUCUUCGGGGCGUCCGGGUGUCCCCGGGGACCUGGGUCACCCCUCGGAUGCGAGCCCUGCCCAUGGGCUGGUCUUGGGCCCUGUGGUGGUGCCAGUACGUUGAUAACUAUGUUGUGUUUUCGACGAGCGAGGCGGUGGUCCGCGAGCGCUUGGCAGGAGUGUCUCGAACCCUCGAGGCCCGCGGGCUGCCUCUGCAUAAAGACUCUGUCUCGUGCGGUCGGGAUGUCGUGCUGGGGUGGGAGAUCGACUGCCUUCGGCGCACCUUCCGCCCGACCCCCGAGCGCGUCUGGAAGGCUCGACUCGCCAUUCGGGGUCUUUUGGCGCGGGCCUCGGUCUCUGGAGGGGACCUGGAGCGCCUCCUGGGCCAUCUGUGUUUCAUCGGCCUGUGUAGGCGAGAGUCGCUCAGCGUUUUCAAAUAUUGUUACAGGUUCUGUGAGGCCGCGCGGAGAUGCCCAGCCCGGGGGCCUCGGGCCCUCUGGGCCUCAGCGCGGAAGGAGCUCGACACCUGGGACCGUAUCGCCCCGCUCAUCUGGGUCAACACUUCAGCAGGUACCUGUCCCGACGUCGUUGUGGUGGACGCAUCGCCGUGGGGCCUUGGGGCCGUUUGGGGGCGACCGCCGGUGGCCCUGGUCAAGGAGGCCUGCCGACACUCGGAGCGAGCUGGGGCUAGGGAGGCGGCCCGUGAGGGGCUGCCACCCCGAGAGCGAGCUUUCGCCGCGGCCGCUGCGCAGCUGCACGGGGGUGAAGGGGAGGCCGACGGGCGGAUCCUGAUGGAGCACGUGCGGCCCCAGACUGGGCGAGGCCGGCCCGAAAGCGAGUUCGACCGCCGACACCGGGAGCCGUUCGAGGACGUCCCCUUGGACCUCUUGAGGGCCCCCUGGAAGGUGUGCGGGAGGCAGAAGUGGAGACGGCCCUCGGGGUCUAUGCCGGCCCUGGAAGCGGAGGCGCUGUUGUACGGGGUCCGCCACCUCCUGAGGUCCGUCGCCAACUUGGGCUCGAGGCUGCUCGUGAUAGGGGACUCGAUCUCCGCCUCCCUGGCCGCCGCGAAGGGGCGGUCCUCCUCCGAAGGCAUGCUCUCGGUGACCCGCCGGCUGGGCGCCCUGCUGCUGGGGACCGGCAGCCUCUUGCGGUCGCGCUGGAUCGCGUCGGAGCUCAACCCUGCGGACGGGCCGUCUCGCGGGCGCCCGGCGCCGAGCGAUCCGCUUGCCGGCCUGCGGCGCGAGCUCGCAGCCGCCGCCGGCGAGGGCCGUGAGGCUGGCGCGCGGCAGGUGCGGGCUGGGCGCGCUGCCGAGCUGGCUGCUGGGCGGGCCAUGGAGGCCCGGACGGGUGUGCUUCGGAGGGCCUCGGUAUCGGCGAAGACUCAGGCCCAGUACUCUCUCUACCUGGCCGCCCUGCGCAGGUUCUCCCACUCCCGCGGGGGCCGCCCGAUCACCAGAAAGGAGAGGGACAUCUCCACCGCGGGCUGGAUGGAGAUCAUGUUCAGGAGAGGCGGCUCGCUGAGCGCGGGCGAGGAGCUCCUGGCGUCGGUGCAGUGGGCCAGGCCCCGCCUCAGCGGGCGGGGGGACAGGCGGAUGCCCAUCUGCCGGCAAUGCCCGCGGGGCCAGUGCCGAGCUGCCCCGGCGGGAGGCCGCCUGCCCCUGCCCCACGACGUGGUAGCGCUGCUGGCGAGCGGGAUGUACCGCCAGAGGCUGCGACCCCACUCGCUGGCGGGCCUCAGGAUGAUGGAGCUGCUCUUGCGCCCGGGGGAGCCACUCCUGCUACGGUGCCGCGCCGUGGCGGCGGGAGCCCUCAGCGGAGCCCGCGUGAGGACCCCCACAUCGGUGCUGCUCCACCUGAUCGGGAUGCGGACCCCGCCCCAGAGCUGGGAGUUCUGCCAGGCGAUCGUCGUCGACCUCGACCGGCAGGCGGCGCUCGCGGGCGUCCUGGUGCAGCUGGUGCUGGCGCGCAGCGCGGGACCCUGGCGGGAGCUCUCGCCCUGCGCCCUGCGUCGGGCCCUGGACGAGGCCGCCGCUGCCUGGCGCCUGGGGCCCCUCGGGCUGCUCGGCGCCUACCGCUUCGGGCACACGGGGGCGAGCGUCGCCUCCGCGACCGGCGCCCGGCGGCUGGUCAAGCUCCAGCGCUGCGAGCGGUGGCGGUCAACCCUGAGCCUCCGGCGCUACUGGCAGGGGGGGCGCCUGGCCGACCUCUCGCGCCGCCUGCCGCCCGACGUGCAGCGGGCGGCAGGCGCCAUCUUCGGGCCGCUGAGGGCGCCGACCAUCGCCGUGUUCCUCGAGCUGUUCGCGGGCUCGGGCCACCUGUCCGACGCCGUGGGGCGGGGGAACGUCCCCACCCUGCGCUGGGACAUCUUGCACGGCCCCGCCUACGACCUGCGCGACCCCAGGAACGCCCGCCUCAUUCGGGGCUGGAUUCGGGCGGGGCUCGUCUGCGGCCUGCAUGCUGGUUUUCCCUGCGAGACCUUCUCGCGGGCACGGGGCCGCCCCAACGGCCCACCCCGCCUCAGGUCGCAGGAGCACGUCUGGGGGCUGCCCAGUCUCCCCAUCGAGGGCGUCGACUUCCAGAAAAGAAAGUGGGGCAACCUGUACGCGCGGCUCACGAUAUCGUUCUGCGUGCUGUGCUGCCAGUGUUUCGUCCCGUGGACCCUGGAGAACCCCGCGCUGAGCUACGCGCGGCAGCUGCCGCCAAUGCUUGCCCUGCUCCGUCGCCCGCAGGUCACGUCCCAGGUGAUCGA